AGAACUUACAGAUUUUGAGCAUGGUGCUAUCUAUGGAUUAUGGAAAGGUAAAAGACAUACAAUAAGAGAAAUAGCAGAAGUUUUAGGAAUCCCCAAAUCUACUAUUUCUGAUAAUAUUGCUAAGUAUAAAAAUUUGUCAUUUACUACUAAACUGUGUACUGGAAGGCCCCAGAUUUUGGAUGAAUAUGACAAAAGAGAAAUUGUAAAAAUU